AGGAAAUAGAUGUUUGCCGAGCAUGCAUUUGGAGGCUGCUGGUUGUUUGGAGGAGGGUGGAUGGCUUUGAGAUCCCGCCCCUCAUUCAUUCUAACGAGGACACCGGAGGAGGACAGACCUCUGAGGGACCUCUGAGGGGGAAAAAGAGGAGAGCAAAAAGGAAAGGAAUAGGCCAGCGUCCGUUUUCUUUUAAGGAUCUCGAUUGAUAGGAUCAAGGAAAAAGGAGUGGAUGCUGGUUUUGGGCUCCCCGGUGCGCGCGCCGGCAAUGCGGGAAGCAUAAACCGGCGACCGCCGCCUCUCUCUCUCUCUCUCUCUCUCUCUCUCUCUGUCUUCUCUCUCUCUCUGUCUUCUCUGCCUGCCCCUCCGUUUCACGAACAUCUGUGAUUUAUUGGGUGAGACCAGGACCGGCGGCCUGUCGCGCGCGUUAAAAUAUGGAUGCGUUCUUUGCCGAGGGGACGCGUGUGUGGGUGAAGGAGAAAGAGCAGCUGCUUCCCUCUACAGUGAACUCCUGCGGAGAUGGAACCAUCGUUCUUACUACUGACUAUGGAGAGGUGUUGUAUCUGCAGCAGGCAGAGGUGAACAGGGAGAAGGUUUACCCCAUGCACCAGAGCAGCAUUGAUGGCGUGGAGGACAUGUCCACACUGGUCGAGCUCCAUGAAGCCGCUAUCAUGCACAACCUUCACCAGCGCUACCAGAAGGAUCACAUCUAUACGAACAUCGGCUCCAUCUUGGCAGCGGUGAACCCGUAUAAGCAGAUCACGGGCCUGUUUGAUCUCUCAGCAGUAGAGUUGUACAGUCGACAUCACCUCGGCGAACUCCCGCCUCACAUCUUCGCCGUGGCCAACGAGAGCUACCGAUGCCUCUGGAAAAGACACGACAGCCAAUGUGUGCUUAUAAGUGGCGAGAGCGGCGCUGGUAAAACAGAGAGCACUAAACUUCUUCUGCAGUUCCUGUCUGUGAUGAGCCAGAACUCAGCGGGUGCUCCAGAGAAAACCGCCUGCGUAGAGCAAGCCAUCGUCCAGAGCAGUCCGAUUAUGGAGGCUUUUGGAAACGCCAAGACGGUUUACAACAACAACUCCAGUCGCUUUGGAAAGUUCAUCCAGCUUCAUUUCUGUCAGAGUGGAAACAUCCAAGGAGGCUGCAUCGUCGACUAUUUGCUUGAAAAGAACCGCGUGGUGAGACAGAACCCCGGAGAGAGAAACUAUCACAUCUUCUACGCUUUGCUGGCCGGUGCUGAUGUGGGGCAAAAAGAAACGUAUUUUUUGGCCGAACCUCCGGAGCUGUUUCACUACCUGAGUCAGUCUGGAUGCGUGAAGGACCGCAACCUGGACGAUAAGAAGCUCUAUGACAGCGUCAUGGAAGCUCUGAAGGUGCUGGAGUUUAGUGAGGAGGAGAUCAGAGACAUGUUCAAGCUGCUGUCUGGAGUCCUGCAGAUAGGCAACAUUGAGUUUAUGACAGCAGGGGGCGCUCAGAUCACCACCAAGCAGGUCGUCACUAACGUCAGUGAGCUUCUGGGUCUGGACUCGUUCCAGCUGUCCGAAGUGAUGACUCAGCGUUCCAUGAUCCUGAGGGGAGAAGAGAUCUGCUCUCCGCUCACUAUAGAACAGGCAAUAGAUUCACGGGAUUCGGUUGCCAUGGCGCUGUACUCUCAGUGCUUCUCCUGGAUCAUCAUGCGGAUCAACCGGAAGAUCAACGGCCGAGACAAUUUCAAAUCCAUUGGCAUCCUCGACAUCUUCGGCUUCGAGAAUUUCGAGGUGAACCGCUUCGAGCAGUUCAACAUCAACUACGCCAAUGAGAAGCUGCAGGAGUAUUUUAACAAACACAUUUUCUCUCUGGAGCAGCUCGAGUACAACAGGGAGGGAAUUCGUUGGGAAGCCAUAGACUGGAUGGACAAUGCUGAAUGUCUGGAUCUGAUUGAGAAGAAACUGGGCAUGUUGGCACUGGUUAAUGAGGAGAGCCGCUUCCCUAAAGGCACUGAUUUCACUCUGCUGGAGAAACUGCACAGCCGGCAUGCGACAAACCCAUACUACGUGAAGCCUCGACUGGCAGAUCAUCAGUUUGGUAUAAAGCACUAUGCUGGAGAGGUUUUGUAUGACGUGAGAGGCAUCUUGGAGAAGAACAGAGAUACAUUUAGAGACGAUAUACUGAACAUGCUGAAGGACAGCAGGCUGGACUUCAUCUAUGACCUGUUUGAGCAAGUGGGCAGCAGGAAUAAUGAAGAAACCCUGAAGAUGGGCACUGCCCGGAAGAAACCCACUGUGAGCUCCCAGUUUAGAGACUCUCUGCACUCUUUAAUGGCCACUCUCAGUGUGUCCAACCCCUUCUUUGUGCGCUGCAUCAAACCCAACAUGGACAAGACCCCAAACAGGUUUGACCCGGAGGUGGUUCUAAAUCAGCUGCGCUACUCGGGAAUGUUGGAGACGGUGAAGAUCCGGCGUGCGGGCUUUCCUGUCAGACGCACUUUCAAAGAUUUCUUGAGCAGGUAUAAGAUUAUUCUGAAGGAAGGCGGGAAAACAGGGGCGGCUGAUGUCGAUGAGAAAAAGAGGUGCACUGACCUGCUCACCAAAAACGACCACACCAAGAAAGACUGGCAGCUCGGGAAGACCAAGGUGUUUAUGAAGGAGUCUCUGGAGCAGAGACUGGAGAAGGAGCGAGACGAGGUGCGGCGUAAAGCCGGUCUGAUCAUCCGAGCGCACCUGCUCUCUUAUAUAGCGAGGAAGCACUUUAAAAAAGCUCUGUCCAGCAUUGUGACCAUCCAGAAGAACUACAGAGCGCAUUUCUACCGCCGACGUUUCGUACGCAAACGCUCGGCCGCGCUCGUCCUGCAGAGGUGCCGACGUGGGCAGGUGGCACGGGGCAGGUGUCGCAAACUCCGAGAUGACAAGAGGAAGAGAGAGGAGGAGGAGAAAAGGAAGAAAGAGGAAGAAGAGAAAAAGAAAGAGCUGGAUGGAGAACAGGUGAAAGGAGGAGAUGAAGAAAAAGAAGAGGAUGAAGCAGCAGAAGGUCCUCAGCUGUCUGUGGAGGAGCAGAGCCGUCAGAUGGAGGAGAUCCUGAGGCUGGAACGGGAGAUCGAGCGGCUGCAGAAGCAGAGGGAGGACGGCGUGUCUCAGCUGUGUGAGAGCUCAAGGCAGGAGCUGAGGCUCCGUCGUCAUGCCGAGGCUCUGCGGCUAAAAAAGCAUGCGUCCCGUGUUGCCACUCAGUUGCUUGACCUGCAGAGCUUCGCUGGCAUUCAACCUGAGCAGAAGGCCCCCGAGGCAUCGGCUUUGCCGACUGCGUCUGAAAGUUCCGUCGCAGUUGAGGGUCGAGUCUCGCUGUCUGAUUUCCCUCCUCCGGCUGAGGGGCCUCCUGAUCAGGAGAUCUUAGCCACACUGCCUCCACCUCCACCUGCAUUUGCUGAAGGCACGCUGCCGUCCUCUUCAACUGCUGCUGCUGCUGCUGCUGCUCCUGCUCCUGCUCCUGCUCCAACCGCCCCUGCACCUCCUCCUUCUCCUUCUCCUCCUCCAACCAUCCCUGCACCUCCUCCCCCUCCUCCUCCUCCUCCCCCACCUCCUCCUCCACCUCCUCCUCCUCCACCACUCCCAGGAGAGCCUGCACAGGUGAACGAGGAUAUCUCCAAACCAGAGGGAGAGAAGGGAGUGUCCAAGCCUGUAGAGCAUGAGAAAGAGGAGAAAAAGGCAGAUGAGGAAGAGGGUGAGGCAGCGGAUCGGGGCAGCAGGCUGACCGAAACCGAGGAGCCAAUUUACCAUCUUCCGCUGGACACAGAGUCCGACUAUGAUCAGGACGAGCUGGAGGACGGUCAGAGCAGCAACGCCGCAAAUGACCUGGAGCAUGCGCGCAAGUCCACCUGCACCAACGCCAGCCAGGAGUCAUAUAAUCGCAGCUCAGAUUCGUAUGUGGAGAGUGAUGAAGAGCAUGAUGGUCUCGCUGACACAGAUGAAGAGCUGUCAAACGGGAAAGGCAAUGUUCUGAAUGGUAACGGGCCUCCAUACUUUCACAGCUACCUCUAUAUGAAAGCGGGUCUGAUGAUCCCGUGGCGAAAGCGCUGGUGUGUGCUGAAGGACGAGACGUUCAUGUGGUUCCGAUCCAAGCAGGAGUCUCUGAAGUCAGGCUGGCUCUAUAAGAAAGGCGGAGGACUUUCCACGCUCUCACGCAGGAACUGGAAGAUGCGUUGGUUUGUGCUGCGCGACUCCAAACUCAUGUACUUCGAAAACGAUAGCGAGGAGAAGCUCAAGGGCACCAUCGACAUUCGCUCAGCCAAGGAGAUAGUCGACAACCACGAGAAGGAGAACGCACUGAACAUUGUGACGGAUGAACGGACGUAUCAGGUGUUUGCUGAGUCACCAGAAGAUGCCAGUGGUUGGUUUACAGUGCUGAGUCGGGUUCACACUGCAAUCCCUGAGCAACUGCUGGAGAUGUCCCACGAGCAGGCGAACCCAAAAAAUGCCGUAGGAACUCUGGAUGUCGGACUGAUUGACUCCGUGUGUGCGUCUGACAAUCCGGACCGGCCCAAUUCGUUUGUGAUCAUAACAGCGAAUCGAGUGAUCCACUGCAACACGGAGCUUCCGGAGGAGAUGCACCACUGGAUCAGCCUCCUGCAGAAGCCCAAAGGGGACGCCAAGGUUGAAGGCCAGGAGUUCCUGGUUAGAGGCUGGCUGCAUAAAGAGGUGAAGACCGGAGCCAAGAGCAGCGCGCUGAAACUGAAGAAGCGCUGGUUCAUUCUGACGAACAACUCUCUGGACUACUACAAAUCAGCCGAGCGCAGCACAUCUAAGAUGGGAACGCUAGUGCUGAACAGCCUCUGCUCUGUGGUCCAACCUGAUGAGAAGGUGUUCAAAGAAACAGGCUACUGGAAGAUCGUGGUUCAUGGGAGAAAGCAUUCCUACUGGCUGUACACUAAAAUGCUGAACGAGGCCAUGAGAUGGGUUUCGGCUAUUCAGGGUGUGAUUGAGAACAAGGCGCCCAUUGAGACGCCGACGCAGCAGCUCAUUCGAGACAUCAAGGAGAACAGUGUGAAUUCGGAGGCGGUGGAGCAGAUGUAUCGCCGAAACCCCAUCCUACGCUACACCCAGCACCCGCUGCACUCGCCCCUUCUGCCCUUACAAUAUGGAGAAAUCAAUGCCAGCUUGCAAAAAGAGAAGGGCUACGGAAGCCUGCAGGAUGAGGCGGUGAAGAUUUUUAACUCUCUGCAAGAGAUGGAGAUAAUCUCCGACCCAGUGGCCAUCAUCCAGGGCAUCCUGCAGACCUGCCAUGACCUAAAACCGCUCCGAGAUGAGGUCUACUGUCAGCUGAUCAAACAGACCAAUCACGUGCCUCAGCCUAACAGCUCAGGCAACCGCGCCCACUGGCACCUGCUUACGUGUAUGAGCUGUACGUUUCUGCCCAGCCGUGCCAUCCUGCGCUACCUGCGCUUCCACCUCAAGAGGGUCAGAGAGCGUUAUCCAGGCACAGAGAUCGAAAAAUACGCCCACUUUAUCAGCGAGUCUUUGAAGAAGACCAAAACAAGGGAGUAUGUGCCAUCGCAGGAGGAGAUCGCCGCCCUGCUGACCAGACGUGAGAUGUCCACCACUGUGUACUGCCAUGGAGGAGGGUCCUGCAAGAUCUCCAUCAACUCCCACACUACUGCAGGAGAGGUUGUGGAGAAGCUGAUACGAGGUCUGGCGAUGGAUGACAGCCGGAAUUUAUUCUCCCUGUUUGAACACAACAAGGUGGAGAGCCGAGCGAUCGAGAGCCGCAUCAUCGUAGCAGACGUACUCGCCAAGUUUGAAAGACUGGCAGGGAGUGAAGAAGAAGAAGAGGAAGGUCCCAUGAGGCUUUAUUUCAAACUGUACUGCUUCCUUGAUGUGGACAGCAUGCCCAAAGAAGGGGUGGAGUUUGCCUUCAUGUUUGAACAGGCUCAUGAGAGUUUGAUCAGCGGCCAUUUCCCGGCCUCCGAGGAGACGCUGCAACAUCUGGCCGCACUUCGGUUGCAGUACAUCCACGGAGACGUAGCGCGAACUCCAUGGAGCCUGAGCAGUGUGUAUCCGGUGGGCCGCCUCCGCACCCGCAUCCUGCAUUCCACCAAGGUCGGUGGCUCGGGUGGGGUGGGAGUUGCAGGCAUAGGCCCAGGAGCUCACACGCUGGAAAGGAGAAGGACCAGCUUCCUGGAUGGCACUCUGAGGCGCAGCUUUAAGACUGGAUCGCUGAAAAAGCAACGCGAGGAAGAACAGAUGCUGGAGAUGUUUGUUAAGGAGGAGAUGUCGGCCACUCUGACCAGCGUCCUGGAAAAGUGGAACCGCCUGCAGGGGAUGCCUCAACACCAGGCUAUGCUCAGCUACAUGACCAUCAUUAAAGAGUGGCCCGGAUAUGGUUCUACGCUCUUCGAUGUCGAGUGUAAAGAAGGAGGUUUCCCUCAUGACCUGUGGCUGGGAGUGAGUGCAGAGAAUGUGUCUGUGUAUAAGCGAGGAGAACCCAAACCGCUCGAGACCUUCCAGUACGAGCAUAUCGUCUUCUUUGGUUCGCCUCAGCCCAACACCUACAAGAUCACUGUUGACGAGAGGGAGAUGUUUUUCGAGACUCCUCGGGUGGGUGAGAUCACAAAGAUCAUGAAGGCCUACAUCAACAUGAUCGUCAAGAAGCGCUGUAGCGUCAUGUCCGUCACCAGCACUGGCAGCGCUUGGAUGAGGUGAUCGAAACCAGUUAAUCGGCUCUGGCCUUGUGAUCGAUAAGUUACCAGCGAGAAAAUAAAGUCCUUGUGUUGAACUAGGAAUUAUGAGCACACACAGAGUGGAAAGUGGAAGAACGAGAAACACAUUUGGACCACAGUUUAUUCGGUGAAACGUAUUCACACUGCUACAAAGCACAACAAAUUCUGCAGUCCUGUGAUGUGAACCCCUCUGGCCUUCUCCAUCACUUCAAAAGUCAUCUCUUUCAUCCAGUCCUUUUCACAAAUGCUCAUCUUGUCAUGUUCUCGAUGAACGUCGUACAAGUUUGUGCUCCUUUGCUACAGUUUAAACUGAUUUCAAUUUCCUGGUUUAUGUCGGGGACAGAAACGUGAACUCCUCCAUAAGAGUCACACUGAGAGCCAUUUGUAAAAGCCAAGACUACUGGCAGCCAUGUGUUUAUGUAUGUAUGUAUGUAUGUAUUUAUUUAUUUAUUUAUUGAUCACCGAUCAGUAUCAAUGCAACUCAUGUCUAGUCCAUUCAAGUUCAAAUCACUUUAACUUAAAUCGGCUCUAAUUAACUCAGUUUAGCUUGGAUUCACUCAAAUCAACCAUAUCUCAACUCAAUUGCUUAGAUCCACACAAAUCCCAGCUCAGAUUCACUUAAUUCAACUCAUCACGGGUUAUCUCUGGGUUACUGAUAAGAACAUCAACUAAUCACAGUUAAGGUUAGCUCUAAUCCACUCAAAUCAACUCAUCACUGUUCAGCUCAGCUUCUCAACAAAACUCAAAUCAACUCAACUGCUUAUACUGAUCUUAGAAUUCACCCAUUAGAGCCACUUUAACAGUGACAAGGUGACUGUUCAGAUGUCAGUAUCUACUGACACUACACUUUUCAUUUAUCAUUGAAUAUAUAUUUUAUACAGCAAGUGCAACAAAUAAAUCAAAAUCCUGUAUCGUACACACCAAAGCACAAACAGGCAAAGGACCAGUGUGAAUGCACAACAGUUUUAAAAGUCUCGACAUACCUCCACGUCUCCCAGUACAGCAAGCCAAAACAACUUCCUGCUGAAAAAUAAAUAAAUAAAAGGAUUCAGUAUUUAACACCAAGCAAGGCCAGUGUUAGACUGGGGACGUUCACACAACCAGCGCACAUAUUUUCUGCUUUAAAUGCUGACUUUUUAUCAGUAACUUUAGAUAAAAGUUGGCGUACGGUUAAAAAGGAUGGGUGCUUUUGAAUGCAAUCAUAGCCUAUUUACUUACAACCGCUAUUAAACGAACAGUAUUUAUAAUCUCAAUCUUAGCAUGAGGAUGUUUUCCACCUCCAUGUUGUUAAAGCUGCAAUGUGGCAGAAGUUAGCAAGAGAUAGCUAAUCAUUUCUUGGUGCACUUUCAUAAAAAAUGUAAGCAAAAUACAUGAUCUUAAAAAUAUUGUUUUUUGUUAAAUAAUAUUUAAAGCGAGAAAUAUGGGAGGUGGCAGAAGUCAGAAAGUAUAGCUCUACUACAAAAUUAAAACGUUUGCAAGAUUAAUUUUCAAUUCAUUAUUCAUUCAUUGUUUUACAUUUAACACUGGACAUUUUCAAAAAGCAGCUUUAUUGGAACGAACUAAAUACGAAUAUACAUUCAAAUGAAAACAUUCAUCCUUAUAUUUGAUCUUAUUUAUUUAUAAUCACACAAAUGAAGGCAACUUACAGCAGAGAUGUUAAUGUUUGUUUUAUUAUCAUAUACGUAUAAACGAUUUAUAAAAAAAAAAGCUUAAUUUUUACACAUAGUGUCUCACCUAUUCCUGAGGGGCACCAUCAACAUGGCCGCCAAGUAGACAAACUUCCUUAUAAGGACUCGUGAAUGACUGGUAACUGGUAAAAAACAUCUGGGAAUCUUGUUUCAUUAUGGCUACUAUGUGGGUCGAAAUGAUUUGGAACAAUAACAAAUUGUUCCCAAGAAAUUGCGCUCACUUUUUAGUAACAAGCUGCACCAAUAUGUUCAUGGGUUCCGGUUCCUUAAAAAAUAUCUUUUUUAUUUUUAGACAUUUUAUUUUGCUUUGUUGUUUUUUAUUUUGGAUUUUAAUGAUAUCUUUUGCACUAAAGAGCCCCCACACUCGAUGAAAAAAAGAAAUCCAAUGAAACCUUGGUGGGACAGUAUUUUAAACCAUACAUUUAAACCAAACUCCUUGUGUGUCUGACGCUCAUGUUAAAGCAGUCAGCCUUCAUGGCUUAUGUGAUACAGUAUUUUAUGAUUUUAUUUAUUCCACGGUGCUUCUGACUUCUCGAUUUUGAUUGGUUGGAAGGUGUUGCAAAUUACUCCCUUUGCAAAUCACAGGUUUACUAUCACGGGUUUAUUUAUUUAAUAAAUAUAUAUAUAUACUGA